AUGGAUAACAUAAUCGAAAUUCAGUUUGACUACCUUUAUUAUUCUAAGCGAAGGGUUACCCCGUUAUUUAUUAGUACGGAUGAGUUAUUGUCUUACAGUUACGAUGGAUUUUGCUCUCGAAUGUUACAAGAAGUUCCUCAUAUUGCGAAGAUGCUGCUGCCAGCCGAAUCGUUGCGAAUGAUUUUGGCGGAAGAUAAUCGACCAGAAAUUGACUUGUCUCACAAGUACUUUCAGUCCCAGAUAGCACGACUGGUAAAUAAAGGACUAAAAACAAUCGUCAUUCUUAUUGCCGAAAAUGAGUCACCGCUACCUGCACAGCCAACACAGUCAUCGAACAGUACGUGUAAAAGCCAACAUUUGACAGGACAAUCUCGAAGCAGACGUUGUCUAUAUGUAUCUCAAAACGUCGCACAAAACAACGUUGAUAAACAAGGAAACCUAAAGAUUUUGUGUGUGAAUGACAACAGCUAUAAUCUUGGUUGUAGUACCACUAUAAAUUCAAGUCCUGAACCAGUUUUACCUUUAGAACGACACGUGAAAAGAUACGAGGAAAUUAUUCAAAACAUUGACAAAGAAUUAACGGUGAAAAAAAUUGAACUCAAAGACCUUGAUAACAAGCUUGAAAGGGCAAACAUGCAAAACACUGGGCAUCUUUCAACAUGUGGAAAUUGCCAUUUAAAAUUAGGACACACCAGAAAAUCAUGCCAUUUCAGUCCAUGCAAAUCUGCAUUUUCGUGCGGGAUACUUUCAAAGCACGCGAAUCAAAAAUCUAAUCGAGCAAACAUUAACAAAGACGUAGAAAAACUAGAAAGCCAGUUACGAAAAGCAAAACAUGAUCUAGAAAGUGCGAAAUCGGCCGUGGAAAGAACAAAUAACUCUGCAGAUAAAAGAAUCGAGGACAUCAUUCUAAAUGAACAGCCUCACAGAUAUAGUACAUCUUGUGGGCGCAGAAAUUGGCUAAUUUUGAACAAGGAUGUUGCCCUUUUGCAAAGCAAAUUAAAGGGUACUCUCCCAACUCGGAAAAACGUUCUGAGUCUUUUACAUUCGGUUGUAAACAAAGAAUCACAAAUGACACACGGCUACAUCCUCGGCUACAUCAACUCAAACACGGCGAGAUACUGA